AAUGUUGGAGUGGAACUCUUAUUACUCAAAUGCAUGUUACGGGUGUGGUAAUUGGGGUCAUGGAUAUCCAUUGAUAAUUUGCAAAGGUUGUCGAGCAGUAUCAUUUUGUGAAAAAGACUUAAUAAAUUCACAACAUCAACAACUAUGUAAAAUUUUAACUGAAUUUAGAGGAAAUCAACCACAUUUUCUUAUGCAGCCAAAUGCAAAAGAAAUGACUCGAGAAAAAUGGACAAGUUUAAAAUCCAAUAUAAUGCUGAUAGUACAAUUAAAACUUGGUAGAAAAUUGGAAAAACAAGAAGAAGAAAUAUUUAAAUUUCCACGAAAAUGUGUAUCAUGUUUUGAGUGUAAUCCAGAUGAACUUGAAGAUUGUAAAAUAUGUCCAAGUACUAGUUUUUGUAAACAACAUAUUCAAGAUAAAGAACAUCAUGAUGAAAAAUGUAAAAAACUUCUUGAAUGUGUAUCAUCAGAUGUUUUUUUUUGUCCAAUGUUAAAACGAGAUAUGCCUGCUGCUAGACUUGAUUAUAGUAACAUGAAAUUACCUAAUGAUAUGGAGGAUUUUUUUAACGAUUGUGGACCUGAUAUUAUGCCAUUUCCUCACAGAGUUCAAGCAUCAGCAAAUGCUGAAAUUUAUACAAGACCAUUGACAUUAUUAUAUGCAAUGGAAAAAUUAAAUUUUAAUAAAAAUAAAACGUUAAUUGUUCAUGUUGUUGGAGCAAAUCUAGCUGAACUUGAGGAUCCAAGUUCUUUUGAAUUGUUAAUUCAUUAUCGACCACACAUAACUGAGUUAAAAAUUAUUUUUAUUGGUCCUGAAUUACCUAUGGAAAUUCCAGAAUAUUGGACACUUUGUGAUAGCUGUAAUCAUCAUCAAGUCAAGUUUAAAUUGACAAUGAUACCUUCAUUAUAUCAUGACUAUGCAAAGACUAAUAAUUUUAUUAAACCAGAUAUUAUUAUUGGCUACAAUCUUGGUAUUCACGAGUGUCUCGUAGCUGAUUCAUCAAAUGACACAUGGCCAUUAUCAAUCAAGACAAUUGCUGAUCAAACAUGUCCAUUUAUUUGCACUGGAUAUACUCAAGAUGAAGCUCAACAAGAUCAUGAAAAAAUAAUAAAAAUAACAGACAAAUUAUUGCCAUUUAUAUUUGAAAAAAAUCCAUUUUCAAGCCUCAGACAUUUUAGAGACUUUAUUACUGAAAAUUUUUUUUAUCAAAAUCAAUAUUUAUUGAUUUAUAAAAAUAAUAAUAUUAUGGAAGACUUGGUGUCAAUUGGAAAUCUUAAAAUAACUGAUGAUGAUUCAAUGAUGUGCAAUUAAAUAAAAAUUAAACAUAUAUACCUUG